UACAAUGUGCAGGUCGCCGAUGAUCAGCUGUCACCAUCGCACAGCACUAAAUGACGUUCGUGCUCCCCACGGUCACACGUGCGCGCGCCAAACACUUCCGCUUCCUGUGGGGGCGUGGCUCGGUUUCAGAUUGGCUUGCACUUCGUUGGUCCCGCCCCUUGCCUGCUGCUGAUUGGUUGUUCACCAGAGAGCUUCUCGUCUCUGCGGCAACAGGUUCUGCCAUGGACGGGAAGAGGCCGCAGUUCGGUAAUCGGCACCUGAAGGAUCCGGGUCAGGUGUUCCAGCAUAAUGCAUGGGACAAUGUACAGUGGUCCGAGGAGCAAGAAUCCGCAGCUCAUAAGAAAGUUCUCGAAAACAGUUCUCAACCGCUUCCCCAGGAGCAGCAAGAGGAAUAUGAGAAUAAGGCCAGUAACUUCUGGGAUGACUUUUACACCAUACAUGAAAACAGAUUCUUCAAAGACAGACAGUGGCUUUUUACAGAGUUCCCUGAGCUAUCUUCAAACUACAAGAAUCAGUCAGAUAUACAUGGAGAACAGAAGGUGGACAUAGCUGAUGAGAGGAAGGACCUUCCAGGAUCCUUAGCCACUUACCGCAUCUUAGAGGUGGGCUGCGGUGUAGGGAAUACUGUCUUUCCAAUUUUGCAGACAAAUAAUGAUCCCGGCCUGUUUGUAUAUUGCUGUGAUUUUUCGGCCACUGCAGUGGAGAUUGUAAAGAGUAAUCAAAAUUAUGACCCCGCCCGAUGUUUUGCCUUUGUCCACGACCUUUCAGACGAGAGCUCUGCGUAUCCUAUUCCCGAGGAGAGUUUGGAUGUCAUUGUCCUGAUCUUUGUCCUUUCCGCCAUCCUUCCAAGCAAGAUGCAAGCUGCUGUUACCCGUCUGAGUAAGCUGCUGAAGCCUGGUGGUUGCAUCCUUUUACGGGACUAUGGGCGAUAUGACAUGGCUCAACUGCGCUUUAAAAAAGGGCGCUGUCUUUCCGAAAACUUUUAUGUCCGAGGAGAUGGGACAAGGGUCUACUUCUUUACGCAAGACGAACUUGGAAAUUUGUUUACUAGUGCCGGAUUGGAAAAAGUGCAGAAUACAGUGGAUCGCAGGCUUCAAGUUAACCGCGGCAAACAGCUGACAAUGUACCGUGUGUGGAUUCAGUGUAAAUACCGCAAGUCAUGUCAUUCUCAAACCCAACACCAAGACGAUACACUGCCAUAGGGUUUAUUGUACUUCUGGUCAUCUAAAGAGACCAUAUUCCAUUUACAGUUAAUAUAGGAUACAGCUGCUGUCUACAUUGGCCUUUCAUAUAUUCUGUGCCACAACCAAACCACAGCAGCCCUAAGGCCUAUCCACCGCCCCACACAUAUUUAUGGAAACAGACCUCUACCAUAAACCGCUUGGAGAAAAGGUCAUUGUGGGACUUUAAUGGAACAGUUUGUUGUUUCCCCAAACAUAUGAUGUUCUUUUCCAGUCACUGCUGAAAUAUUACUUUGGCAGUAUAUUCCUUUAGAUCCAAUUAUUGUUUUCUUAUAUGAAUAAAGAAUGUGUUUGUA